AAUAUUAAGAAAUGAAUAAAUUCAUUAUUGUUGGGCUAUUAGCUUUGGUUUGCACACAGGCCUUUGAAAUAGAUUUCUCUCUAUUAUUAUAGACAGGAUCAGAAUCGAAUGAUGCAGUCUAAGCAGUAUAUGAUUUAUUGAAUGAUUUGAAAACAAGUAACAUUGAAGCUUAAGGUGUUGCUGACGAAAAAAAUAUAUCAGAUGAAGAAAUUGGAUAAGCUAGAAUUGCUGCACUUUCAAAAGUCAACGAACUCAAUUAAAAGGCAUGGGCAAGUGCAAAAGCAAGAAGAGAAUAAAUCGGAGUUGAAUACAGAGAAGCAACAGAUUAUAUCGCAUGGGCUACCUAAAGAUUGGCUGAUAUUGACAGAAGAUCAGUUGAAUUACAAGAAUUGAGAUGCUUUUCAAAUGGUUUGUUUGUUAGAGCCAUUAAAUAACAUAAUGAUGCCUUAGGAGUUAUUAGAGUCUUAAAGAAUGAUUUGAGUGGAUAUUUAACCGGUUAACCAUCAUCUUUAGUCGAAGUGAGUGUUCAAAAUGUUUCAGAUAAAUUGAAAUAAUACAGUCAACUCUUCAAUUAAGAUGCCAUGACUAAAUUUGCCUAAUUAGCUGCUGAACAAGCCUCAGGAAAUGCUGAAUUACAUGCAUUAGGAUAAGAAGGAGGAUCAUCAUCAUCUGACAGAUAACCAGGACUUAAUGUUGGUUAAUUAGUAUACAAUGCUUUAUCUGAUCUUGAAGAUUAACUAAAGUCAUCAUUAGCUAAUUUGGAGGCUAACGAAAUUGCUGCCUAUUAUUAAUUAGCAGAUUGGUUAGCUGACACAGAGUCUGAGGUUGCUCAUUUGAAUGAUGAAAUCCAAAGAAAGACUUAAUUAUAAGACAAAUUAGUAGUGCAAGAACAAGCUGCCUUAGCAGUUCAAGCUAAAGCAAAUAGUGUCUUAAAAGAUUCUUAAAAUGCAAUCAAUGCAGCAACAGCUUCAUUAUACGAACUUAGAGAUUUAUAUGAAACUGAAUUAAAUAGAAGAGAUGAGGAAAAUGCUAUAAUCGAUGAAGUUAUUCACAUUUUCAAAUAACAAGUUUUAGAAAUGGCCAAUUAAACUUCUUUUGGAAAGAAAUGAUUUAGAUUGUUAUCAUUAAAAAAUAGUAUUAUAUUCUUGUUGCA